AUGGAACGCUCGUAUCUCUUCUCAGCGGAUCAUGUCCUCUCUCACUUCAACGUCACGGAGCAGGCGGGCUUGUCGAGCCAGCAGGUCGUGACGGCGAGGGAGGCGUAUGGGAGGAAUGCUCUCCCUGAAGAGCCGCCAACGCCCCUGUGGAAACUCGUGCUGGCCCAGUUUGAAGAUCAGCUUGUCGUGAUACUGCUGGGGUCUGCUGUCGUGUCGUUUGUACUGGCGCUGUUUGAGGGCGGGGAUGACUGGACCGCCUUUGUGGAUCCGCUGGUGAUCCUCACCAUCCUGGUCCUCAACGCCAUCGUCGCGGUUUCGCAGGAAAGCAGUGCCGAAAAGGCCAUCGCUGCCCUCCAAGAAUACUCCGCAAAUGAGGCAAAGGUCAUCCGCGACGGACAGGUGCAGCGCGUCAAGGCAGAGGAGCUGGUCCCCGGUGACAUCGUGUCUGUUGCGGUGGGCGAUCGCAUCCCCGCCGACUGCCGUCUGCUCUCCAUCCACAGCAACAGCUUCCGCGUCGACCAGGCCAUCCUGACCGGGGAGAGCGAGAGUGUCUCGAAAAGCACCAGGGUCAUCCAGGAUGUAGCCGCCGUGAAGCAGGAUCAAGUCAAUAUGCUCUUCUCUGGCACGACGGUGGUCAUGGGUCACGCAACUGCCGUUGUCGCGCUGACGGGCUCCGCGACGGCGAUUGGCGAUAUCCACGAGAGCAUCACGGCGCAGAUAUCCGAGCCGACGCCGCUGAAGCAGAAGCUGAAUGACUUUGGCGAUCUGUUGGCUAAGGUCAUCACGGUGAUCUGCGUGCUUGUGUGGCUUAUCAAUAUCGAACAUUUCAAUGAUCCGAUGCACGGCAGUUGGGCCAAGGGUGCCAUUUAUUAUUUGAAGAUUGCCGUUUCACUGGGUGUUGCAGCUAUUCCCGAGGGGUUGGCGGUGGUUAUCACUACGUGUCUGGCCUUGGGGACGAGGAAGAUGGCGGCCAAGAACGCCGUGGUUAGGUCAUUGCCGUCCGUGGAGACUCUGGGGAGCUGCAGUGUGAUCUGCUCCGAUAAGACGGGCACGCUAACGACGAAUCAAAUGAGUGUGGAGAGGAUUGUGUAUCUCAAUGAGGCCGGGAAUGGGCUGGAGGAGAUCAAUGUUGAGGGCACCACGUUCGCGCCCCAAGGCAGCUUAAGGAAGAACGGCAAAGCGAUGAGGGAUUUGGCCGUCUCGUCCUCUACCGUUUUGCAGAUAGCGGAGGUUCUGGCGCUCUGUAACGAGUCCUCGUUGUCCUACGAUCAAAAGACGGGCGCAUACUCCAGCAUCGGCGAACCCACCGAAGGCGCCUUACGCGUGCUCGUUGAGAAGAUCGGAACAGACUCCGCGGCAGUAAACAAGAAGAUUAGACAACUUCCUCCCUCUGAGAGACUUCACAUGGCCAGCAGGUACUACGAAAACAGCCUCCCCCUGCAGUGCAAAUACGAAUUCUCCCGCGACCGCAAGAGCAUGUCCGUGCUCGCUGGUGACGGUGACCGACAGAAACUCCUCGUCAAGGGCGCCCCGGAGUCAAUCCUUGAACGCUGCUCACACGCCAUCCUCGGCCCCAACGGCCACAAAGUGGCAUUGACCAAGAAACACACCCAGCUGAUCUCCCAGGAAGUCGUGGACUACGGCAACCGCGGCCUCCGCGUCAUCGCCCUCGCCUCGGUCGACCACGUUAUUCCAUCCCCGCUCUUCCGCACUGCGGAAUCAACCAAAGAUUACGCCCAGCUAGAACAGAACAUGACUCUCAUCGGUCUCGUCGGCAUGCUUGACCCUCCGCGCCCGGAAGUCGCCGCCUCGAUCCGCAAAUGCCGCGAGGCUGGUAUUCGCGUCGUCGUCAUCACCGGCGACAACAGAAACACUGCCGAAGCCAUCUGUCGCCAGAUAGGCAUCUUCGGCCCGCACGAGCAGAACCUCCAGGGCAGAUCGUUCACGGGCAAGGAAUUCGACGCCCUCAGUGACGCCGCCAAGAUCGAAGCCGCCAAAAACGCCUCGCUUUUCUCGCGCACGGAGCCUUCGCAUAAGUCCCAGCUGGUCGACAUUCUGCAGGCGCAGGGCCACGUCGUGGCCAUGACGGGCGACGGCGUCAACGACGCGCCCGCGCUGAAGAAAUCCGAUAUCGGCAUCGCGAUGGGCUCGGGCACGGACGUCGCCAAGCUCGCGGCCGACAUGGUCCUGGCUGACAAUAACUUCGCCACUAUCGAGGUCGCCGUCGAGGAGGGCAGGUCCAUUUACAACAACACCCAGCAGUUCAUCCGCUACCUCAUCUCCUCGAAUAUCGGGGAGGUGGUGUCGAUUUUCCUCACAGCCGCGCUGGGCAUGCCCGAGGCGCUCAUCCCCGUGCAGCUGCUGUGGGUUAAUUUAGUCACGGAUGGCCUACCGGCGACGGCGUUGUCGUUUAACCCGCCCGACCACGAUGUGAUGAAGAGGCCGCCGCGGAAGCGCGGGGAUCCGCUCGUGGGCGGCUGGUUGUUCUUUAGGUAUAUGGUGGUGGGCGUGUAUGUGGGCGUUGCGACAGUGCUUGGGUAUGCGUGGUGGUUUAUGUAUAAUCCCGCGGGGCCGCAGAUUACGUUUUGGCAGUUGACACACUUCCACAAAUGUCCCUCCCACUUCCCCUCCGUCGGCUGCGAGAUGUUCACGAACGACAUGUCCAAGUCCGCCUCGACGAUCUCCCUCUCCAUCCUCGUCGUCAUCGAAAUGCUCAACGCCAUCAACUCUCUCUCCGCCUCCGAGUCCCUCCUAACCUUCCCAUUGUGGAACAACAUGAUGCUCGUCUACGCCGUCGCCCUAUCCAUGGCGCUCCACUUCGCCAUCCUCUACGUGCCGUUCCUGCAGGGCCUGUUCUCGAUCCUGCCACUUGAUAGGAUGGAGUGGGUGGCUGUGCUGGCCUUCUCGGCGCCCGUAGUAGUUAUUGAUGAAGUCUUGAAGUUUUUGGAUCGGAGGUUUUAUGAUGGGCGUGCGGAGAUUGGUGGGGAUGCUCUCUCCUCCUCGUCAGCGGGGAAGUAUCAGAAUGGCGUGGCGAAGAGGAAGGGUGCGUGA